AUGGCCCUAGUGAGUAGUACACACAAUCUUGCUAAAAGCAGUAAUAUUUUUGGUCAUUCUUCCAACCCCCACAAAUCCAAAUUGAUUUUAUUGAGGCCACGCCUUUGGGGAGCCUCAAAAUCUGGGAGCCUGAUGCAUAAAAAUGAAAGCUGUAUGGGAAAUUGUUAUAAUGUGGGUAGGGGAAAUUCCAGUGUGUUUAAGGUACCUGCCUCUGUUGCCGCCGUGGAGAAGUCUUCAUCAGCAUUGGAGAUUGUGUUGGAACCCAUAAAAGAAAUCUCUGGUACCAUUACAUUGCCAGGGUCCAAGUCUCUGUCCAAUCGAAUUUUGCUUCUUGCUGCUCUCUCUGAGGGAACAACUGUUGUAGACAACUUGUUGUAUUGUGAGGAUAUUCAGUACAUGCUUGGUGCAUUGAGGACCCUUGGAUUGCAUGUGGAAGAUGACAAAACAGCCAAGCAAGCAAUUGUGGAAGGUUGUGGUGGAUUGUUUCCCAUUGCUAGAGGAUCUAAAGGUGAAGUCAAUUUCUUCCUUGGAAAUGCUGGGACUGCAACGCGUACUUUGACAGCAGCCGUGGUUGCUGCAGGUGGAAAUGCAAGUUUCGUAUUUGAUGGAUUGCCCCGAAUGAGAGAGAGGCCAAUUGGCAAUUUGGUUUCUGGUCUUAAGCAGCUUGGUGCCGAUGUUGAUUGCUUUCUUGGCACAAACUGUCCACCUGUUCGUGUAAAUGGGAAGGGAGGACUUUCUGGUGGUAAGGUGAAAAUCCCUGGAUCAGUUACCAGUCAAUAUUUGACUGCUUUGCUUAUGGCAGCUCCUUUAGCUCAUGGCAAUGUGGAAAUUGAGAUUACUAAUAAACUGAUUUCUGCUCCAUUCGUUGAUAUGACUGUGAAGAUGAUGGAGCGCUUUGGGGUUUCUGUGGAACAUAGUGGUAAUUUAGAUAGGUUCUUGGUCCAUGGAAAUCAAAAGUACAAGUCUCCUGGCAAUGCUUUUGUUGAAGGUGAUGCUUCAAGUGCCAGUUACUUCCUAGCUGGUGCAGCAAUUACAGGUGGGACUAUCACGGUUAAAGGCUGUGGCAAAAACAGUUUACAGGGAGAUGUGAGAUUUGCUGAAGUUCUUGAAAAGAUGGGAGCUAAAGUUUCAUGGACAGGGAACAGUGUUACUGUUACUGGACCUCCACCAGAUUCUUCUGGUGAAAAAGUGUUGAAAGGCAUUGAUAUCAAUAUGAAUGAGAUACCAGAUGUUGCCAUGACACUUGCUCUUGUUGCACUGUUUGCUAAAGGUCCCACUGCUAUAAGAGAUGUGGAAUGUUGGAGAUAUAAAGAGACAGAGAGGAUGAUAGCAAUGUGCACAGAACUCAGAAAGCUAGGAGCAACAGUUGAAGAAGGUCUUGAUUAUUGUGUGAUUACUCCUCCAGAGAAAUUGAAUGCUACAGCUAUAGACACAUAUGGUGACCACAGAAUGGCCAUGACAUUCUCUCUUGCUGCUUGUGGGGAUGUUCCAGUCACCAUCAAGGAUCCUGGUUGCACCAGCAAGUCAUUUCCUGACUACUUUCAAGUUCUUAAGAGGCUCUCUAAGAACUAA